AGUUAAUGUAUUAUAUGGAUUCUAAAAUAUUUUAAGCAAUUUCAUUAUACAAUAAAAGUAACAGUUUAUGGUAAAAUAAAAAUUAAUUGAAGCAAAGCUAAUUUGGUAAUACUGAUAAAUUAUUAACCAAAAUUAGUUAUAAAACCAUUACACCCCUCCAUUUAUCGAGGAAUAUAUUUGACCCUUUUUAUUGUAGCCAAUAAAUCGCAACUUAAUGGUUUCAAAACAAAGGUGAAACUGAACUUACUAGAAAUAGGAGAAAAAAUUAAAAACUGUUCGCUCUGCUCCUUAUAAUAUCAUUCUCCCUUCUUUUUUGAUUCCCAUCACUUUAAAUUCUAGAAAAGAAAAAGAUUUUUUCCUAAAACUAAAUCUUAAAAUUUCGAAGAUGCCAGAGACGGAUUUAUCGUUUGGAAGGUCAUUACUAAGUUUGCGUCGGGACCAAGUGCACUUAAUGGACCCAACUGAGCCUAUGAGCAUGGAGGUGGAGUUAGAUUCUUUUCAGAGACAAGUUGCUGAGAAAUUUAUUGAUCUCAACGCCUCUGCGAAUGACGAUGAGCUCCUCUCACUUGAAUGGAUAGGAAAACUUCUUGAUUCGUUUCUUUGUUGCCAAGAAGAAUUUCGGGUUAUAAUAUUCAACCACAAGUCUCAGCUUCUCAAACAGCCAAUGGACCGUUUGAUAGAAGACUAUUUCGAGAGGAGCGUCAAAGCUCUUGAUGUUUGCAAUGCAAUUCGUGAUGGGAUCGAGCUGAUCGGGCAAUGGCAAAAACUAAUUGAAAUCGUAAUAUGCGCUUUGGACGCGAGCCAUGGACAGCUCGGUGAAGGAGAAAUCCACCGUGCUAAGAAAGCAUUGAUUGAUUUAGCCAUUGGGAUGCUAGAUGAGAAAGAUUCUUCUAACUCGUUAGCCCAGCGUAACCGUUCUUUCACACGUAACAAGGACAACAAUCAACACACUGGCUAUUUAAGGUCACUGUCUUGGAGCGUGUCACGGUCUUGGUCAGCCGCAAAGCAGUUACAAGGGAUAGGAAAUAACUUGGCCACACCUCGAGCCAGCGAUGUCAUUGCUACUAAUGGUCUAGCCCUAACGGUCUACACAAUGACAUCGAUAUUGUUGUUUGUUAUGUGGGUUCUUGUAGCCGCUAUACCUUGCCAAGACCGUGGUUUACAAGUGCAUUUUUACUUCCCAAGGCAUUUCCAAUGGGCAGUACCAGUGAUGUCCUUGCACGAUAAGAUCAUGGAUGAAUCAAAGAAAAGAGAUAAAAAGAAAGCAUGUGGAUUGCUUAAAGAGAUUAAUCUAAUGGAGAAAAACACGAGAAUGUUAAGUGAACUGAUUGAUUCAGAUAACUUCUCAUUAACCGAUGAUAAUGCUUUAAAAGUGAAGGAGAGAGUGGAAGAGUUGAUGCAAGUACGUGAAUCAAUGAAAGAAGGUUUGGAUCCAUUCGAAAGGAAAGUUAGAGACGUUUUCCACAGGAUAGUUCGUAGCCGCACUGAGGCUCUUGAUUCCCUUGGAAAGGUUCUUGAUGAAGAAUAGGAAAACUUGAAAUAUGUUUUCCUAUAUAUGGAAGUUUCAGAUUCAGUUGUGAGGAAUAUAUUGGAUAAAGAGAAAAAUAAUCUCUUGUUUUUUUUUGCUUUUCAUCCUUGUAAAGGGAGGUGCUAAUCUUCUUUAUAUCGUUUUUAUUUUAUCAGAUUAAUUUCCCGUAGAGACAAUAAUAUCUUCUUUCUAUCGUUGUAUUUUUUACUUACGAUGUCACCUCUGUGGACUGUGAGAUGUUGAUGUUACUCGGUAAGACUACCCCGGACCACUAUAACUCACAUUUCAAACCACUAUAACUCACUUUUCAAAGUAUUAACGACAACUAAAAGUUUUCCAAGUUAUAAAUCUAAAGUGACCCUUUCAAAGUAUUAACGACAACUAAAAGUUUUCCUAGUUAUAAACCUAAAGUGACCCUUUCAUCCUUAGCAUAAAGAUCAGGGCUGGGUAUCAUUAAUGAUACUCGUCUUAUACUCGUGACCUGACCCGUAUUCGCCUUGUAUAGAUCAAUGCAACUUUUAGGAGCUCCAUACAGACAUAUUUUGAAUCGUUUUAGAGCUUUAAGUCAAUGGAGAAGAAAAUAUAAUAUGAACUCAGAAAAGCAAGAAGAAAACAUUAAACAAAAAGUGGAAGCUACGUACUCGUAUGAAACUGUAUCAACAAAAAAAAUAUCAACCACUAUUGAAAGCUACGUACAUUGAAAGAACUAUUUGACGUUCUUAAGGCCGGUGUUUUAGAAAUAAAAGAGUAGAGUUAUAUCAGUCGGGAUCUAGAAAAUAUUUUGAGUGGAAUCAAAACCUUUUUGAUGUAUUAAUAAAUUUUUGUUUGAUAUUUUUUUUUAACAAGGAUAGCAUUUAGAAGAAAAAUAAACUAAAUAAAAUCAAGGGCUUAUUUCUGUAAUAGCCAUAUUUGUAAAACAAGUUAGGUGAGUGACAAUGAUAUUAACAGAAUGCAAUGUCAAACACUUAAUACAUAAAUCAUCUGGUUUUGCCCUUGCAUGUAAAACAUUUCCAGUAGCAAGAGAGAGAGAGUAGGUGUCAUCAUUCAUUUGGUGGCGUAUCGACAAUCACAUAUCUAUACACAUCAUAAUAUGAAACAUUAUUAAAAUAAAAUAACAACAAAUGGAAUAGCAUAAUAUAUAUUGUUCAAAUUUUUGAAAUAUCUAUAAUUGCAAGGAAAAAGAUAAUGCUUACCC